AUGUUUAACAGUGAUAACAACCGCAGUAUCAUCAGAAAACGAAAGAGAACUAAUCAAACUCCGAUUCAGCUCUUUGUUCGUUCUUUAUCAAAAACAGAAACAACCUUAGUUCUCCGAGGUUAUUCUAAUGACACCGUAGAAGUAACUAAAAAUAAAAUUCGAAUGCUCACUGGUAUCCCUGAAGAUAACCAACGACUAAUCUACAACGGAAGACACCUCUCUUGUGACAGAGAGACGUUGUCAUUUUACAACGUUGAGAACGAUACAACUAUUCAUUUGUUUGGUAAAAUGCGAAGAAGCACAUAUACAUGGAAAAUCACGAAUGAGAUGAUUUCAAGAAUCGCCACGAUCAUGGGAAGUGAUCAUGUCUGCAGUGAUUCGGAUUUGAAGGAUAUGGAGAUGUUAGUGAGACAGUUUAGUGAGAAAGGAGGAUGUAACGAUAUAGAUUUAUUCAUUUCCUCAUCUGCUCCUGCAGACUUGGUGAAAAUGUACGUGUCUCCGGAUAAUGCUAAGAGACACGUUGCUGAUGAAUCCAUUCGUGGAUUCAUCAACUCAUUGAUGAGUAGUGAUUUGCAAGUGAGGAGGUAUAAUGAGUGUGCGCGAAUAAUAUUAGCAUUCUGUAAGGAAUUGAGAAGCGAAGUCGGGCUUGAGGAUCUCUUGUACAGCUUCUGCCGGAGUAGUACAAGGGAAAUAGUAGCGGGCGUUGGGAUUGGAAGGUGCAAGGAGAAUAUUGCUGAUGAAGUGUUAGUACUGAAGGAUGUUUUCAUGUUUGUUCGCGAGGUUGUGGUAGCUGAUUUAUCGCGUGAGCUAGAAUUGAGUAUGAUACCAAUUCAGUUUGCGGGGAUAUCACUGAUGAGCAUAGUGCACGAUUUUUUAGACUACAUGCGCUUGGUGAGGGCAUUGAUGCAACAGCCUUUCGACAGUCAAAGCGAUGAGGCAGUGUAUGAGACAGAGUAUAUGCAGAGCAUGCAUCAUAUUUUAUCCGAGUUACAUGUCGUUUUAUAUGAUUUGCUGGAUAAAAUAGAGCGGUGCUUAAGGACAUUGGAAGAUCAGAGGCUUAACGUACUGUGGCUGUCUCAGUAUCUUGUUAUACUGAAAGAGUUGAGCAACAUUUCUAAGUUUUUUAACAGCUCGGAGAUCUUUUGGCAGAAGUUGAGUAAACGAAAAGUUUCAUUGUGCUAUCUAAUCGAGAUGUUUGCAAAGAGCUCUGAAGAUUAUCGGUGGAUCAUUGAGCACAAGGAGGUAACAAAUUUCAAAGUACGGAGAAAUUUCACAAUGAUGAUGCUUGAAGAAGCUAGAGAUGGAUACAAGGAGGAGGCGUAUGGGAUGAUUAUCGAUAGGUCCAUGUUGUUGGAUGAAUCUUUCGAGUACAUUGUAGAUGAGGAUCCUGCAUUGCUGCGAGGCGAUCUGUUGUUGCAAUUCAAACAUGAAGAAGCUGUUGGGCCCGGAGUGUUGAGAGAGUGGUUCUUCCUGGUGUGUCGAGAGAUGUUCAAUCCUCACAGAGCGCUCUUCGUUGCUUGUCCCAAUGAUCGGAGAAGGUUUUUCCCAAAUUCAGCAUCUAAGGUGGAUCCUAUGCACCUCGAGUAUUUCACCUUCUGCGGAAGAAUGGUUGCAUUGGCGUUAAUGCAUAAAAUACAAAUUGGAGUUGUAUUUGACCGCGUAUUCUUCUUGCAAUUGGCUGGAGAGGAUAUUUCACUGGAGGAUAUUCGGGAUGCAGAUCCCUCCUUGUACAGUAGCUGGAAGAUGAUACUCAAGAUGGAUCCUGAGACGGUGGAUCAAGAUAUACUAAGCUUGACCUUCGCUUAUGACGUUGAAGAAAUGGGGUCCAGAACAACCAUCGAGCUUCGGCCCAAUGGGAAAGAUGUUGCUGUGAACAGUAAGAACAGAAAGGAGUAUGUCAAUCUUGUCCUUCAACAUCGUUUUGUCACCUCAAUUGCUUCACAAAUAGCUCACUUUUCUCAAGGCUUUUCCGAUGUUACUACCUCAAGCAUCGGAACUUCCUUUUUUCGGAGUUUAUAUCUUGAAGAUCUUGACAAAAUGCUUGAUGGGAGUGGAACUGCUAUUUCUGUCGAAGAUUGGAAAGCACAUACAGAUUACGAUGGAUACGAAGAAAAUGAUCUUCAAAUAUCCUGGUUUUGGAAGAUAGUUGAGGGUAUGUCUGCUGAGAAGAAAAACGCGCUUCUUUUCUUCUGGACUUCAAUAAGGGUUAUGAUGCAAAAUCGACUCGACAUGAUCACCCAAGAACAUGUUGGUUGCAGCUUUGGUAGCCUUUGA